GUGAAGUGGGUUUAUCCGGUGCAUUCACCGGAGCUACAAUGGCAUUCAUAAAUACUCCCGUGGAGCUGCUUAAAGUUCAAUUACAAACACAGCAUACCACCAACGCAGCCGUCUCCAAGCCAUACAAAGGAGUAAUUGACGCCGGAAUUCGAAUAUUCAAGAAUCGCGGAGUCACCGGUCUAUAUCGUGGCAUCACGAUAACCUUGCUGCGAGAUAUACCAAGCUUUGCGUCAUAUUUCUUUGUGUACGACGGGGCAAAACGAAUAAUUGGAAACAGAAAAAAAGGUGCCGACCGCGGCAAACUCUCAUCUUGGGAAUUACUUUUUGCUGGUGGAAUGGCCGGUAUUGCUUGUUGGAUUCCUUGCUAUCCACAAGAUGUGAUCAAGAGCAGGAUGCAAAGUGACCUCAGAUACAGGUCAACUGGUGAAUGUCUCCGAGCGUUAGUCGCGCAUUCCAGGGCAAACAAAACAUCAUUAUUUCAAGCUUUCUCUAAGGGCUUUGGGCCUACGAUGGCAAGGGCCUUCCCUGCCAACGCUGCAACAUUCUUUGCAUACGAAAUGGUAAUGAAGAAAUUACGUUGA